AUGCUCUCGUGGAGGAACCCGAUACCGAGACUCAGGAUGCUGCGCAGGCCCCCCCCGACGUCCGUCGCGGCGGGCGCGUCCGUCAUCCUCUUCUUCUGCAUCGUCUCCUACACAUCGCCGUACUACACCGAGUCGCAUCCGGACGAGCCGUGGUCGCGGCCGAGCUACCACGGCCACUCGAGCGCCUUCAGCUUCGACGCCGGCUGGGCGUACGAGGCCUGGCCCCCGGACCGGCCCUACCUCGACCCGCAGCACCGGGAGUCGUGGAUGGCCCGGAUCCCGGACUCGACGCCGCUGACGGACGUGAACAUCCCGGGCACGCACGACACCAUGACGUAUGCCUUCGAGGACGCCGACGAGGUGCUGCAGUGCCAGACGUCCAACGUCUCCACCCAGCUGGCCGCCGGCGUGCGCUACCUCGACAUCCGCGCCCGCCUCCAGGACGACAGCCUGCGCAUCUACCACGCCGACGGCCCCACCGGCUUCGACCUGACCGACGUGCUCAUGCCCGUCUUCGACUUCCUGGACCGGAACCCGUCCGAGGUCGUCGUCAUGCGCCUGAAGGAGGAGGGCCCCCCCGUCGGCGACGGCAGCACCAUGUCCUUUGAGCAGACCUUCAACCACUACCGCCUCACCUACCCCGUCACCGCCGACGGCGCCGACCGCCACCUGGCCCUGCACGACGGCUCCGGGCCGGUGCCGACCCUGGGCGAGCUGCGGUCCAAGAUCUUCCUCAUCCAGAACUUCGCCUCCGACCCGGCCCUGCCCGGCUACGGCCUCCUCUGGGAGGGGGACCAGAUGGUCCUCGAGGACGUCUGGGUCGUCGAGCACCCGGAGCAGCUCAUGACGCUCAAGUGGCCCGCGAUCCGCGACGCCCUCGAGGUCGCCGCCGCCGCCCCCGACGACGACUCCCGCCUCUACCUCACCCACGUGUCCGCCUCGGUCGGCGUCCUCCCCAUCGAGGCUGCCGCCGGCCCCAUCCUCGUCCCCGACCCCGCGGACCGCGUAGAAGGGGGAGAGCCGGAGGACCGUGUAGACAGGCGAGAGCCAGAGGACGGCGUCGUUCCCGUCGUCGGCAUGAACGACAUGACCGGUCGCUGGCUGCAGAAUUACAUGCGCAGGCGCUACGUAUCCUCCUUUCAUCCCCCGCCCCGUGUCGGUGUCGUCAUCUUCGAUUUCCCCGGUCGCCGACUCGUCGAUGCUGUUCUUGACAUGAAUGCUCCCUUGGCUGUGCAGUAA